CUGUCACUUUAAGAAAAAGUGGCUCGCGCAGUGAGGAAGUGAAGAUGGGUCAUUUUCGUUUCCCUCCGAAACUUUGUGACUUCUGUUCGUCAUAAAGAGGAACCACAGCUGCUGACUGACGUGACGCGGACAAAAAGCAUGAUGGCGGCAGCUGAUGGGGAAGAGUUCCUGGAUGCUGAUGAGACUGUAGCGCCUCCUAUUGGCAGAAUAAACAAACUGCUCGAUGUGGGGCAGGAAGAAAACAUGCAGGAACAGAUCGAAGAGUUUCUGGGACCGCAGGCCGAGUACAAUGAAGAGGAAGAGGAGAGGAAAUAUUACAGGAGGAAGAGGCUCGGGGUCAUUAAGAAUGUUAUUGCCGCCAGCGUUGGAGCCAUGAUCGUGUACAGCGUCUACAUGGGACUGCUGCAGAUGCAGCUGAUCUUGCACUACGACCUGACCUACCGCGAGGUGAAGUACAGCAACCUCGGCCUGGAGGACAUCGACCGUAAGAUGCUGAUGGGCAUCAACGUCACGCCCAUCAUUGGCCUGCUCUACACCCCCAUCCUCAUCAGGUUUCUGGGCACCAAGUGGAUGAUGUUCCUGGCUUCAGGAAUCUACGCCCUCUUUGUCUCAACCAAUUACUGGGAGCGCUAUUACACUUUAGUUCCUUCAGCCGUCGCUAUCGGCGUAGCCAUCGUGCCGCUGUGGGCCUCACUGGGGAAUUACAUCACACGGAUGGCGCAGCAGUAUUACGAGUACGUCAACUACAAGGAGGAGCACGUGCAGGAGCAGAAGAAGCUUCCUAAAGGGGCAUGUCACAGCUACAUCAUCGUCUUCCAGUCGCUCUUCAACAUGAUCUUCAGCCUGAGUUUUGUUUUUGCCGAGUUCCCCAUGUGUCUGUUUCUCAACCGAUACCUGCAUAAAAACGAGCAUAUUCUCUGCAACGUCCACAAAUGUGGUGCUGAGAUCAGCGGCUUGAUUCCCGGCUUUAACACCACCGUGCUGACCAACCUGCCACAGUCCAUGCUGCUGAUCCAGGUGGAGAGCAUCCUGAUGGGCUUCGCCUUCCUGGCCAUGAUCAUCUUCCUUGUGCUGUGCGGCGCCGCGUACCGGCCGACCGAAGAGAUCGACCUUCGCAGUAUCGGCUGGGGAAACAUCUUCCAGCUGCCUUUUAAGCACCUGAGGGAUUACCGCCUGCGGCUGCUCUGCCCCUUCUUCAUCUACAGCGGCUUUGAAGUGCUGUUCUUCGUCAGUGGUUUUUCUCUGUCUUACGGCGUUUGUGUGUUGGGUCUGAAGCACCUGUGGAUUCUUCUUGUCUCCUACGGCAUUUCCUCCUGCCUCUUCUCCUCCCUGUCUCUCGCCAUCCUUCGCCUCCCGCGCUGGGUGUGUCUGGUAGCGGGCGCCGUUGUGCAUGUUGUUCUGUUGGUGUUUCUCCUGGCUUGGUCACCAACACCAAAGACGGGUUCCUUGGCGCCAUUCGUGGUGGUCUCUGUGCUGUGGGGACUUGGCACCGCACUGAACAAGACGGGUGUCAGCACUCUGCUCGGCAUGUUGUACGCGGAGGAAAAAGAGCGACUUGACUUCAUCUACACCAUCUACCACUGGUGGCAGGCCAUCGCCAUCUUCAUUGUCUACCUGUGUUCCAACCUGCCGAUGAGGGCCAAACUCUCCAUCCUAUUGGCCACGUUGUUGAUUUCUUGUUACUGCUAUUUGGUGAUGGAGCGGCGCCUGGCCAGGAAAAUAGCUCCCAGGCUGCCUCGCAUCCCUCGACCACGACACAAGGUCAAAGGUUACCGCUACCUGGAAGACGACAACUCUGAUGAGUCAGACUCUGAGCAAAGCGAUGAGGAAAAGGAGGUUGAAGAACAUGUCGAGGAGGAGAUCACAGUGAAAGAGGGGGAAGACGCGGGCCAAGACACAGAGGCGCGAAGGGCUGACUCACCCGAAGCCAGGAGGAGAGGGGUCGAAGGUCACCACCGCAGAAGGGAGGAGGGAGAGAAGGAUGAGGACUAAGGACCGAGGAGAGAGGCCGCAUACAGGAAGCUGUUAAUUUCAUGGAUACAUUUAUUCUGUAAAACUACCUAAGGAAAAGGUUCUUGACUUGAACUUGAACUAAACUGCCUGCUUAUGAAUGCGGAUGAUCAGAAGACAGGGUACAACAACUGUAUUUAUUUAAAAAAAUAAUAAUAAUAACCUUCUGAUCCUGUCACAUUUUAA